GGCAGAUAAGGCACAGCCAAAAUGCUGUGGGCAUGUUUUGCAAGAGCUCUCGCUGCCUUCACGGACUGCAGUGACAAUAUACUUACAUUGUUCAGUCUCUCAUGUCCCUUCCUUUUAGAAUAUGCAGCAAUAAACUCCAUGCUGGACCAGAUCAACUCCUGCUUGGAUCACCUGGAGGAGAAGAACGAUUAUCUACACGCCUGCUUGAAAGAACUGCUGGAGUCCAACCGCCAGACCCGCCUAGAGUUCCAGCAGCAGAGCGAGCAGCAGAACAUGGAAGCUGAUGUGCAGGGAUCACAGCCUCCUGUCUAGUAUGCUGGCCACAAACUCUCAGUUGGUAUCACUAAGGGGACAUUUACUGGUCACCGAUUUAAUGUAAAACUUGAGUAGAAGAGGUACCUCGUGCCUGUUACUUGUUCCUUCCUGUGGUUGUGUCCUGCCAUUCACCUACAUGUUCUGUUUUUCUUUAGCUGUGUGAUAGGUGCAAAAGCACACAGAUGGAUGUAGGAGAGUUGGUUCUUUUCGCUCCCCAACAUGAGCCUGGCACUGACACUUGGUUAAAGCUGGUUGUAGGAAACCUGAUGCCAUGCAGGUUGUUCGCAAGCAGGCCCUCUUCACAAAGAGAAAAAAUGAUCUCUGCUCUUUUGCGCUGCUAAAUCCAAGCAAGAGUGUUAUGGCUCUAGCCUCUUCCC